AUGGAGUCCUUCUUCCUCCUCUUCAACCGCUACCUGACCGAGAAGGCCAAGGGCGAGCGCAUUGACUGGGAGAAGAUCCAGCCCCCCAACCCCGAGCAGGUCCGCCCCUACGAGGUCCUCCCCAAUGUCGACCCCUCGAUCCUCAACAAGCUCGCCGUCCUCAAGCUCAACGGUGGUCUCGGAACCACCAUGGGCUGUGUCGGCCCCAAGUCGGUCAUUGAGGUCCGUGAGGGCAUGACCUUCCUCGACCUCUCGGUCCGCCAGAUUGAGCACCUCAACGAGAAGUACAACGUCAACGUUCCCUUCAUUCUCAUGAACUCGUUCAACACGGACGAGGACACCCAGCGCAUCAUCCAGAAGUACCAGAACCACAACAUCUCCAUCCUCACCUUCAACCAGUCCCGCUACCCCCGUGUCGACAAGGAGUCGCUCCUCCCCUGCCCCGAGAACGCCGACUCUGACAAGUCGAACUGGUACCCUCCCGGACACGGUGACAUCUUUGACGCUCUCACCAACUCUGGCCUCCUCGACCAGCUGAUUGCUGCCGGCAAGGAGUACAUCUUCAUCUCCAACGUUGACAAACUCGGUGCCGUCGUUGACCUCAACAUCUUCCAGACCAUGAUCGACUCCCAGGCCGAGUACGUCAUGGAGGUCACUGACAAGACCAAGGCGGACAUCAAGGGUGGAACCAUCAUUGACUACGAGGGCAAGCCCCGACUUCUCGAGGUCGCCCAGGUCCCCAAGGACCACCUCGACGAGUUCUGCAGCACCCGCAAGUUCAAGAUCUGUAAGUUGACGAUCGUGGAUAGAAACUGA